UUUGCUCUCGCGAUAUUUCCGGGGCCACUGGAGUCCGGGCGAGCCGGGCUGCUGUGAAACAUGGCGGUAGGCUGGGAACGUAACACAAGCAUGACUAUAUGAAGGAAGAGGAAGGUUUUCCUGAAGAUGAGGCGGCUGAAUCGGAAAAAAACUUUAAAUUUGGUGAAGGAGUUGGAUGCCUUUCCAAAGGUUCCUGACAGCUAUGUGGAGACUUCAGCCAGUGGGGGUACAGUUUCUCUUAUAGCAUUUACUACUAUGGCUUUAUUAACCAUAAUGGAAUUCUCAGUAUAUCAAGAUACAUGGAUGAAAUAUGAAUAUGAAGUAGACAAAGAUUUUUCUAGCAAAUUGAGAAUCAAUAUAGAUAUUACUGUUGCCAUGAAGUGUCAGUAUGUUGGAGCAGAUGUAUUGGAUUUAGCAGAAACAAUGGUUGCAUCUGCAGAUGGUCUAGUUUAUGAACCAGCAAUAUUUGAUCUUUCACCACAACAAAGAGAGUGGCAGAGGAUGCUGCAGCUGAUUCAGAGUAGGUUGCAAGAAGAGCAUUCACUUCAAGAUGUGAUAUUUAAAAGUGCUUUUAAAAGUGUAUCAACAGCACUUCCACCAAGGGAAGAUGAUGUAUCACAGUCUCCAGAUGCUUGCCGAAUUCAUGGUCAUCUGUAUGUCAAUAAAGUUGCAGGGAAUUUUCACAUAACUGUGGGCAAGGCAAUUCCACAUCCUCGAGGUCAUGCACAUUUGGCAGCACUUGUUAAUCAUGACUCUUACAACUUUUCUCACAGAAUAGAUCAUUUGUCUUUUGGAGAGCUUGUUCCAGCAAUCAUUAAUCCUUUAGAUGGAACUGAAAAAAUUGCUGUAGAUCAUAACCAGAUGUUCCAAUACUUUAUUACAGUUGUGCCAACAAAACUACAUACAUAUAAAAUUUCAGCAGACACCCAUCAAUUUUCUGUAACAGAAAGGGAACGUAUCAUUAACCAUGCUGCAGGCAGCCAUGGAGUCUCUGGGAUAUUUAUGAAAUAUGAUCUCAGUUCUCUUAUGGUGACAGUUACUGAGGAGCAUAUGCCAUUCUGGCAGUUUUUUGUAAGACUCUGUGGUAUUGUUGGAGGAAUCUUUUCAACAACAGGCAUGUUACAUGGAAUUGGAAAAUUUAUAGUCGAAAUAAUUUGUUGUCGUUUCAGACUUGGAUCCUAUAAACCCGUCAAUUCUGUCCCAUUUGAGGAUGGCCACACAGACAACCACUUACCUCUUUUAGAAAAUAAUACACAUUAGCACCUUCUGAGUGAAGGAGAAAAACUUUUUGCCUGAGACAUAAAACCUUUUUUAAUAAUAAAAUAUUGUGCAAUAUAUUCAAAGAAAAGAAAAUAUGAAUGAGAAGCAGGAAACACACUUAUUUAAAAAAAGAGGAAAAAGGAGGAAAAAAAACCCCAAACUGCAAUUCUAUAUAUGUUGUGUCUGUUACAAAUGUUGUAGAAGAAAUUAUGCAGCUAAUCAGUGAGUAAGCCCAAUGGGAGUAUUGCUUUGAAGACGACUCCUUCUGAUACUUUCACAGCAAAUGGGCAGUAUUGAAAUCAGACCUUGCUUCUUGGUGACAAAAAGCCUGAAGAAAAGAAGUGAAACUACAUCUAAAGAAGAAGGCAUUGAUAAGUGCAAAUGUUUGCGUCCUUUUGUUUUUCAAAGAUGAUGUCAGAAUAAAAUACAUAAAACAUAUGGAAAACUAGUCUAGACUUUAAAAAAAUUGUGAUCAGGUUAUAUUGUUAAUAAAGAAAAACAGGGACUAA